CCGGCGCCCGCCCCCUUACCCGUCCAUGAUGGCCGCCGCCGGCACCCGGCCUUCCCGGCGGCGGGACGCUAGAACUAAGGCGACGGUCCUGGGAGAUGCGGCGGGAGAGAAGCGUGGAGGGUCCCCGGAGGUGCGGUGGGAGAGCGGCUCGGAGAGCGAGGCUUCCUCUGAGGCUGCCUUCCCCAGCCCCUGGGAGGUGGGGCAGCCCUCGGCGGCGGCCGCUCUGCUGGAGAGCUGCGUGAAGGCGGGCGUCGUGAGCCAGAAGACUUUGGAUUUAACCUGUAGAAAUGACCCGUGCUUUGUGAAAUUCUCAGAGAUGGAAAAAAUGGCCAACAUUCGAGCUGAAAUCAAUGAGAAAAAACUGAAAGCUGAAAUUCUGCAGUUGGAGAAUGAGACAGCAGACAUUGCUCACCCUUUUUACUUAGGCAAGAAAUGUGAAAUACUGCAAGGUAUGAACAGACACUUGGAAGCCGUACUGAAAGAGAAGAGAACUCUUAGGAAGAUGUUGAUAAAGCCCAGAUGUCAGGAGAGCCUGCCUAUUGAGGCUACUUCCCACAAGUAUGUAGUAGAGUUGUUGGCUGAGGCUGUGACUUUCAUUGACAAGCUUGAAAGCCAUUUGCAGACAGCAAGAAGCAUCCCUCAGAUACCAACUGUCAUGAAGAAUAUGGAUACUGCUUUGACAAAAACAGAGAUGCUUGCCAUGGAGCUGGAGGAGCUGGGAGACCAAAUAUUGAAGUGGAGCGAACUGCAAAAAGCAGCGUAUUCUGACAGCAUCUGCAAUACUGCUGAGCUGGACCUUGGCUUAUCUUAACCCUAACUCAUUCUCAAGUAGGAUGGCUAUUCAAAGAACUACCUUUUUACGGUCUCCUGGGAAAAGUGCAACAUAGUUGUGCUGUCAUCCAACAGGGACUUUGUAGGUAGUUUUAUAUUUCUGUUCUUAUGUAACAGUUCUCCAACUGCUUCAAAACAAAAGGAGGGACAAUGAGCAGUAGCUCACAAGAAGAGAGACUACUGAGAAGACUGUUAAGGAGUUCCUUUUUGAAAUAGUUGGACAGGAUUCCCUUGGAGCCUGUAUCUUCAAUGCAAAUUUGUUUUGAUAUUUCUCAUGCACUUGCUAUAGUGUCUCUAUUUGUUUUUGUAAGUAUCUUGAUAAUACACUGUAUUUUGUAUGCCAUUAUAAAACUUCAAUAAAAGCACUACGUUUCAAGA